AUGACGCCCCCGGCGUCUUAUACCAGAGCGUUUUCUUUGGUUGAUUCAAUAGCCGGGUCUCACCAUGUGGACGAAGAUCGAGAGGCAGAGCCUGACCUGGAGCAAGACCGGGCAUACUAUACCGCACAUGGGCAGUUUGCUGACCGGGUCGCGGCUGCCAUAGAUGUGAGAGCAGGAUCUACCCCGAUCCCCAGUCAUCAGAUCCCACUAGUAGAUGCUCCGCUAUUUGGAGAUCUUGACCUCUCUUCUAACUCUUGUGUCUUGUUAUCGUCGACCGAGUUACCUCCCCGAGCAUAUGCUGAUCAACUAAUUGAUAUAUACUGGCAACAUAUUGAUCCUAUGGAGCCGGUGUUAGAUCGCCAACGGUUUCUUGAGAACUAUGGAAAUGUAUAUGCAACAUCCGUAGCACCACUCUCCGCAAACUACGACCACCGGCGUACUAUUCUCAAUCUAGUUUUUGCACUGGCAGUCCAAAGACAAGAGCAAAUCCCGCGGUAUCAGAGGAACAAGGAGGGAAAUUGCUUUUUCCAGCGCGCAUGGGCCCUGCUUCCAGCUGAAUCUAUGCUAUGGCAACCUGGAUCUCUCGAGCUUGUGCAGUGCUUGAUGUUAAUGAAUCGAUAUCUCCAUUGUACCAACAAUCAGCAGAAGACAUGGAUGACAGCGGGGUUAGCAAUGCGAAUUGCGCAGAGCAUGUGCUGUCACCUCCCCGAGUCGCCUUUUGCAAUGAACCCUAGUGACGACAAAGCGCUAAAGCAGAAAAUAUGGGCUAGCUGUGUUGCCCUCGAUCGGUAUGUCAUGGAACGGCCGCCCCUUUAUAAUUGUCACUGGCUCAUUUCAUAUAGAUGCAUCUCUUGGUCACUAGGUAAAACAUCGGCGUUGGUGCUAAUUCCAUCGCCACCAACCAGUAGCAACCAACGAUUAGGCCACAACUCGAUACAUAAUAACUGGGGAUUGGAUCUCCACGAAAUCGGGAAUCAAAUCCAGUUGGCGCAGAUACAGAUGCGAACUAGUCUCGCAGCCAGAUUUCGCCCUCCACUUUUAUCCCAGCAGGACGAGUACCAUAAAUCGGCAUUGCAACUAGAUGCAUAUCUUCGAGAUUGGGAAAAUAACCUUCCUGGCGACUGGCAGUUGCAGAACCUCAAGAUGGUUUCCGACAGGUCGCAUCGAGCUGAGCGAUACGUGCUUCAUCUUCGGUGUGUCAAGAAUUUUCCCCUCUUACUAGAAUCGAUUGACAAUGUUCUAUGUAGCUAUCUCCACCACCGAAUCUUUCUCUACAGACCCAUGCUCGCCCGGUUCUACUCGAUAAAAGCAGACACCUCCUCACUUGGGACACCAAGCCUAAGCCACCGGCUCCUCCGUGAAUGUGCCAGCAUGUGUAUCGAAGCCGCACAGAAUGUAGUCUCAUUGGUAAAAGAGACACUCGAGCCAGAUGAGCCCAUCGGGCUCCUUCCGUGGUGGUACAGAAUAUACUAUCUUCACAUCGCGGGGUCCAAUUUCCUGGCAGCCAUGUUUCGGUCAGAUCUGUUUACAGCCUCUGUUUCCCAGUCUUGGGAAAAUGUGCUGCUGGCUCUUCACGCUCAUGAACACUUGAGUCCCUACAUUCAACAGUGUGUGUGGACAUUCGAGGCCCUGGCAGCCAAGAUCACGAGUAAGCCAUACCCCGGUUUGGAUGGCAGUGGGUGUGAUUUGAUGGUAGAUGGAUCUGCGAGUGUUUGUUUCGAUGAUAUCUUCAAGGAUGUUGAUUUCGACUUUGACAACUUUAUAUUUGGACCCGAGGAGUUCGGAGAAGGGUUGCUUUGA